GCCCGCGCCCGCUCUAGCACGCCCGGAGGCCAUCACUGCGUGUCGUUGGUCCUUCCAGGGCUCUGAGUUCACCUGUGUAACUCUCUGUCCCACCCUCCUGCGGAGCUGCGACCCUAUUUGGGAAUGACAGGUACUAAAGGUAUUUGGCGACCGCUCCGUGCAGGGAGACCACCGGAUGAUACACUCUGCCAGCACCAAAUACCUCAUGGGGGAUGGCUUGAGGACAGGAUCUCAACAAAACCAUGCUGGACAGACUGUCCUUGGUUAUACUGGGGCCCACGGGCCAGAGUCUGGAUGCUGGUUGCUUCCACUUCUGCUACAAUGUGUUGUUCAAGGCCGGCUACCUGAGCUUAUUUGGCUGUACAAAGAACCAGGAGCAGGACCUACUACAGGCAGAGGAGUUAUUUGUCCAGUUCCGCAAGUUUGAUCUCUUGUUCCCCAGGUUUGUUUAUUCCUUGCUGAGGCCCUGGGAGUGGCUAGAAGUGGCCUGGCUCCAGCGGCUCUUCCACAGGAUGCUCUCCGUGAACCACAACCUGGAGAAGAAUGGCAUAAGCAACUGGAUAUCCUACAUGCUUCAGUUUCUGAGGGAGCAGCAGGGGCCAUAUCUGUCUCAUUCAAAGUUGGUUAUAGCAGAAUUUCUGGCAGUAGGUGCCAAGUAAAUAUCUGUUAAAUGGAUAUAUGGGACUGUUCCAAGGAGGGAGGGAAUGAAAUGAAUCAAGGUAAGAAUGAAUGUAACAUGGUGCUGCCAUCCAUUAAAAACUGGGGAACAAUGUUUAGCUUAUGCAUGUUGGCCCACAGACAAUUUCUGACUGCAGAUUCAGGCUGGGGAGAGUGGAUGAUUCUGAGUACUUGCUGUGGUUUCCCUAAGCAAUCAGAGAGGACUUCAUGGAGUCAGUGUGUGGACAUUUCCAGCUCCCUGCAGAGGGGAAUGGCACAAGGCAAAGGGAACUCAAGAGGUCAUGUGGAAAUCAGAGGAGACAAAGUCCCUGUUUGCCAAUCGAUUAGGAAGUUAAAGAGUAACCUGAGGUCGCUAGAACUGGUUGAAUUGAGUCUGAACCUCACCUUAUUGCAACAAUGGCCUUAGAGUCAAUGGCAGAACUUUCUCCUUCCUGGGCCUGCUGGCAGGGACCUAGCCUGACACCUCACAGAAGGCCCCCAGUAAAUGGUCAGCUCACCUCACCCAAGCCAGGACAGCAGUGAGAGAAAGUUCCACUAUACUCUGAGACUACACCCUUAUCAUGAAAUAAAGUGAUUGGUUUGAAGUCCUUCUCAUCUCUGACAUUUCAUAAUUCUAAGAUUCUGAAUCUGUCUUUCUUGCUAGAGAAGUGUGCAAACUAGGCUAGGGGUAGGGCUCCAGUCCAGAGGCUCAGGGAUGGUAGUCUGAACCUUGCUUUAAGAGUCAUCAGUCUGGGAGGCUCUCUGGGUCAUUUAAUAAUGAGGAACGGACAGGAUGUGAAACUUUUUAAUUUAAGUUAAUUUAUUUAUUUAUUUAGAGUGGAAGAGGGGCAGAGAGACAGGGAGAGGGAGAGAGAGAAAAUCCCGAGCAGGCUCCGUACUGUCAGUGCAGAGCCCAGGACAGGGCUCAAACUCGUGAACCAUGAGAUCAUGACCUGAGCUGAAAUCAACAGUCGGACACUUAACUGACUGAGACACCCCUAAAUGUGAAACUUAAUAAAUGAGUGUUGAAUUUAUGCUGAGUGAGGUAGUAAACUAAUGAAUAAAUGAAUCCUUGAAAAAAUACAGGUGUGAAUGGUCAGUAAAUCGUGGGGAUGGGGUGGGAUCCAUGAGAGCUUUGUAGAUACCAUUCUGGGGCUGGGUCUGAAAAGAUUACAGCAAAGCCUAAAGCUGGUGAGGAGAGGCUUCUUUCUGGGCUUCCUUCUGGUCCCACCCCCUCCUUCCACACGAUGAGGUUGCAGCAAGUGCUAAAUCUAGGAGAACAUUUUGCUCCUAGGUACUGUCUUGCCAGGGAUUUUUGGUAUAACUUACUGCCACAGGGCAAGGUCCAGGUCCACCCCCAGCUUGUCAAGGCCUCUCAAAAGCUCUCUGGCACUUAGAGAACAGUGUGUCCAGAGCUCAACCUGGAAGAGCAUAGCCAUGGUGCUCUGGGGUCUGGUGCUGGGAACCCUGCUGGUGGCCGUGGUGGGGUGCCUGUGGCUGCUGGGGCUGUUCCGGCAACGCAGACCCCAGGAGCCCCCUCUGGAUAAGGGCUUCAUACCCUGGCUGGGCCAUGCCAUGGCUUUCCGGAAGAAUAUGUUUGAAUUCCUGAAGUAUAUGCGGGCCAAGCAUGGAGAGGUGUUCACAGUGCAGCUAGGGGGCCAGUACUUCACCUUUGUCAUGGACCCUCUCUCCUUCGGCUCCAUCCUCAAGGAUGCACAGAGAAAACUAGACUUUGUGAAAUAUGCAGAAAAACUGGUGUUAAAGGUAUUUGGCUACCGCUCCAUGCAGGGAGACCACCGGAUGAUACACUCUGCCAGCACCAAAUACCUCAUGGGGGAUGGCUUGGAGGAUCUCAACAAAACCAUGCUGGACAGCCUGUCCUUGGUUAUACUGGGGCCCACGGGCCAGAGUCUGGAUGCUGGUUGCUGGCGUGAAGACGGCCUCUUCCACUUCUGCUACAAUGUGUUGUUCAAGGCCGGCUACCUGAGCUUAUUUGGCUGUACGAAGAACCAGGAGCAGGACCUGCUACAGGCAGAGGAGUUAUUUGUCCAGUUCCGCAAGUUUGAUCUCUUGUUCCCCAGGUUUGUUUAUUCCUUGCUGGGGCCCUGGGAGUGGCUAGAAGUGGCCCGGCUCCAGCGGCUCUUCCACAGGAUGCUCUCCGUGAACCACAACCUUGAGAAGAAUGGCAUAAGCAACUGGAUCUCCUACAUGCUUCAGUGUCUGAGGGAGCAGGGAACGGCCCCAGCCAUGCAAGACAAGUUCAACUUCAUGAUGCUCUGGGCCUCUCAGGGGAACACGGGGCCUAAUUCUUUCUGGGCCCUUUUGUUCCUCCUAAAGCACCCGGAAGCCAUGCGUGCUGUGAGGGAGGAGGCUGCCCAAGUCCUAGGGGAGGCCAAGCUGAAGGCUAGGCAAUCCUUUGGCGUUGAGAUCAGCGCCCUGCACCACACGCCAGUGCUGGACAGCGUGAUGGAGGAGACACUGAGGCUGGGAACCGCACCCACCCUCCUCAGAGUGGUGCACGGUGACCAUAUGCUGAAGAUGGCCAGUGGACAGGAGUACCUGCUCCGCAGUGGAGACAUCGUGGCCCUCUUCCCUUAUCUUUCAGUGCACAUGGAUCCUGACAUCCACCCGGAACCCACUGCCUUCAAAUACGAUCGCUUCCUCAACCCCAACGGUAGUCGCAAAGUGGACUUCUACAAGUCAGGCAAGAAGAUCCACCACUAUACCAUGCCGUGGGGCUCGGGUGUCUCCAUCUGCCCUGGGAGGUUCUUGGCCCUCAGUGAGAUGAAGCUUUUUAUCCUGCUCAUGGUCACAUACUUUGACCUGGAACUGGUGGAUCCUGAUACACCUGUGCCACCUGUGGACCCCCGGCGCUGGGGCUUUGGCACCACACAGCCGAGCCGUGAGGUGCGGUUCCGCUACCGCCUGCGUCCUGCCAAGUGAGCUCCGCCAAGGGGGCCGCAGGCCUGGCCAGGGAGGCUCCCUUAGGGUCUCCGCCUCCUCUCACCCCUCUGAAGCCCCACCCUCGCCUCGGGUUCUGUGAUACCUCCUACCUGUGUCCUAGUCGCCUUCCUUGCUCUCUGGUUUUCCUCUAGCCACCUGAUGGGCUUAUCUUUCUCUCUUGAAACACCGUCUGUCACCGUGGGUUCCGCAGAACCUUCCUCUCAUAUGAAGUCCAGGGGAAGGGGGGGAAAUCUGGGGGAAACUUAGUUGGGGAAAUGAUGGCAUAGCUUGACGAGUCUUGCCGUACAGAAACCAGUCAUCAUGAGUAUCACAGUGUCCUGCAAAUGUUAACCUCCACCCUCCCACCUCACUGUAUUAUCUUCCUCAAUGCUUACUCCACAUCCUGUGGAAUUCAGGUUCGUCCAAAGCAAUACGAGGCAAGCCACAUGUGUAAUUUUUAAUUUCCUAGUUGAUACAUUUUUUUAAAAGGUAAAAAGAAACAGGUGAAGUUAAUGUUUAUAAUAUACUUAGCCCAAUAGAUCAAAAAUAUUAGCAUUUCAAUAUGUCAAUAUAAGAACAUUAGUAAAAUAUGUAUUUUUUAGUAACAUUGGGACAAAAUAUAUAUAUAAAACAUUAGUAAAAAAUAUAUAUAUAUAUAUUUUUUUUUUUAAUUUCUUUUUGUGUGUGUGUUGCCUUCAAAAUCUGGUAUGUACUUUUUACCCUUGCAGUGUAUCUCACUUCAGACUAGCCACAUUCUAGUGCUCACCAACCACAUGUGGCUAGUGGCUCCUGAAUUAGAUAGAGCAGGUCUGGAGAAACGCUGCCUUUCACAUAGGAGUUAUUCAAGCCCCCCCCCCCCCUCAGUGCCCUUGUCUCCCCUCCACACUCCCACCUCAGGGUGGUCUCAAUCCCUCCUGUGGUCUCCACAACCACAGCUGAGUUCAGAGCUCUCUCCUACUUCCAGACCCUCAAUCUCCCCGCUGGGGUCCCACAGCACCUCUGACUCAGUUUGGCCCACACAGAACUCAGCAUCUGUCUCCCCACCUCUGUCCUGAACCACCUCCUUCUCCGGAUUACCUUGCCUGCCUCUGCUCCGGACACCACCACCCACCCCAUCCCCCAGGACAGAUCUGGGAGAAACCAGAUCUCCUCCCCACUCUCACCCACAAACAGGCAGGCCCCAGUUCUGUCAGUUCAACCCUCUGUCGUGCCUCCGAAACUGUCCUCUUUUCCCCAGCCCCACUGCCAUUCCUAUGACUCAGCACUCUGCACACCAGGCCUGCCUGGCCCUCGGUGCACCCAGCUGCCAGAGGCCUUUCACCAGACCUUUUGCCUGUCAUACUUUCACUUUUCUGGUUCCCCGUCACCUCCUUGCACCUAACAUUUGAAUUUUGCCACAGUUGAUCCCAAGUGUUCAAUCCAGUGCAAUUCAGCCUUACCAACUUUCUCCAGUGGAACUGUCUGGAAAGUACAGUUGCUUGCUUUUUACUGCCAACCUGGAGGCCUUCCUGGAUCUCACCCAUUCCAGCCUCUGGCCAGAAAUGGGCUCCCUCCCCUGAGGUUCUCCUGACACAGCUUGUGUCCCAGCACAUCUGUUACUUGUUGUUGCUCUCUGUUUCCUGCUUUCCUCCUCCUGCCCCCUCCCCCGGACUGCAGCCCACAGGGCUUGGUAUCUUAUUACUUCAUCCCUGACCCCCAAUUCCCUAAAUGGAGAUUAAAUGAUAGAAAAUUG